AACGAUUUCAGAGAGCGCGUUUUUCGGAAAUGGGCCCUAAACCCAACCAGAAUCACAAUUGCUGGCCGUUUGGUAUUUGGCUUUUGCCUAUCACGAUCUGUUGUCAAGCUCACGCAUUUGCUGAGACAACAGUUAGUCAGAGAAAUGUUUAGGGAAUUCUUUCAUCAGUUGUGAUCCGAUCAGAUGCGCAGCGGGAAAGACUAGGAUGUUGUCGGGAGUCGUGCGGCUCUAAGAAGUAAUUUGCGUCGACUCGGAAAACGCGUAGACGUUCAGGCACGUAGCAUCGCCAUGGUUCUUAUCCAUCCGAGUAUCAUCAGUAGCGUCGCGACGCGGCUAGGGAGGAAAUGGGAGGAUGAGGAGGGGCGGACCAUGUACGAGAAGGGGGAAGAUUGCAUCGGCUCCCUCCGCGACCUGCAGCGGCUGAUGCGGCGGGACCACCCCGUAUCGCGAGAUGUGUUGGUGCAACUGGGACGGUGGGACAUCGUACGCUCGGACUUGGUUCCAAUCAUCUGCCGAUACCGCCACGACUCGUCCCUACUCCUUAACGCCGUGAAGCUGCUCGUGUUCCUCACCAUGCCGUCGCCACCCCCCGCACCUGACUUGGACGCAGCCGGUAGGCAGCAGCAGCAGAAGCUGACGCUCGAGCACCGCGACUGCCAGAGGCGAUUCAAAAGCGCGCUGCUGCACGGGGCUGUCGCUGUAACGAGUGGGGCUGUAUCGGGAGGAGGAGGGAGUGAUUGCAUGGGGAGUGGGGAGAACGACGCGAUUGCAAUCGUUCUUCAACUGCUCGUCGCCCCGCUCGGGAGUAUCCAAAGCGGCCGUGGCACGGGCGACGACUGGCGACUGGUGCAGAUGAUCGUCACCUUGGUUCGGAACCUCCUGGCCAUCCCCGACCCUCCGCCGGACGUGUCCUCAGCCUCGGCAUGGGCGCACCUGUGCUUUCUCCAGGAUGAUUUUAUCAGAGCUCUGUUCCGCAGCGGCUUCCCCGACGUCCUCCUUUUCCUCAUCUCCUGCCUCGACACCCCCGAAACCGCCCCCUCCCUACGCCACGACAACCUCCUAUUCCUCGAGGUUGUUAAUCUCCUUUUCCAAGGACUACCUCCAAAGGACGCGGCUAUAGCGGCGUUUCGGAGUGCAGGGCAGGCUGAUGCCGAGGCUGACGCCAGGGAGGACCGGGAGGCUGCCGAACGUCUGGCGGAGGCUCGGCGGCGGGAGAAGGAGCGGGAGGCUCGGAAGGCACUGGCUCAGAAGAUCACGCAGCGGCACUCCCGGUUCGGCGGGCUCUAUGUGGUCCGGAAUGCGGACAAGUCCAGAACGGUGUCCAGCGCCCCCUUCUCCCCACCCGUGCACCAUGCCAUCUUCAGCCAAGUCAGGAGGGGCCCCGUGCGGCGAGUCAUGGGGGGCAGUGGCACGGGCAUGGGCAUGGGCAUGGGCAUGGGGGUGGGGACGGGGAUGGGGUCCGGGGUCGGGAAAGGUAUGGGUAUGGGGUUGGAUGGCGGAUUAAACGGCGAUGGGGGUGGUGGUAAUGGUGGUAAUUCGAGGCGAUCAGAUGCUGACGUGGAUGCUGAGCUGGGAUUGGUCGGCGGUGCGCGGGCCAAUAGGAGGAGUGGCAGGUGGACGGCAAGACGGCUGGGGGUGUUUGCUGAGAGGCUGCUCGCUUCAGGGUGUUACAACGUCCUCAUGGAGACGGUGCGUCGCGACGUGGCUAACUGGCGCCCGGGCCUCGAGCCCUCGGACACCCUCGCCUUCUUCCUCGUGGCUGCCUUCUUCACUGCCUUCCAGCGGGAGAUGCACGGAUUGAGGGGGUGGGGGGGGGCAGCAGCCAGGGGGGAGGAGGCUGCAGCAGUGGGGGGAAGAGAAGCAGCAGGAGGGGCGGGAGGAGCAGCAGGGCCUGGGGGCGUUGGGUUAGAGGGAGCAGCGGAAACAGGGGGAGCAGGGGGAGCAGGGGGAGCAGAAGAAGGCUCUAAGAAGGUGGAGCAGAGAGCGGCGUUUGGUUGCGGCCCCAUAGCAGCGACUAUGGAUGAUGACAUGCUGGCUCUUGUUUCUGCCCGCUGGGCAGAGUACGCUGCCCGGCCCAAUCACGAGCGGGCAGCAUUGGUGGCGGCGGGCAGCCUGCUGAAAGAAAUGAUUCACAUGCUAGACGCUGUUAUCAAGUCAGGGGAAAAAGCCUCUCCCACAGCCGGAGGCUCGGAGGAGGUUCGGCAAGAGGUCCGGUUGGAGGUUCGGCGAGAGGUUCGGCUGGCGCGAGCCAUGCUGCUGCGGCUGUUUUACGACGACUCGAGUGACGGCGUGCUGCACGUGCUGCAGAGACUUCUCAAGGGGUUUAAUCCGCACACGCAGCCGCGGUGCUUGCUGGUGGACGCUGUUGAGGCGACCCAUGUUUGCCUGAGACUGCUGGAAUACCUUGUGGAAACGGAGGGAGCCUUGAAGGUGGUGCGGAAGAGUCGGCUGCGGAAGGAGAGGGCGCGAAAGGGGAAGGACAAGGGGGAAGGUGCAGCCAAGGGGGCAGACGCGGAGAAGGAAGGGGAUCAGGCGGGACAUCAGGAGAAAAUGCAGGAGAGAGUUCAGGCGGAAACACAGGGGGGAGAAAGCGCUGCUGCAGCGGAUCGUGGGGGCGCUGUUGCUGGGGGUGGUGCUGGUGGGGGCGUUGAUGGGCAGAAGGGUGUUGAGACGGAGGAGGGGAAGAAGGAGCCAGAAGGUCAAGACGAGGGUGCUGCUGGUGCUGCUGGUGGUGGUGGUGGUGGUGGUGCUGCUGCUGCUGCUGCUGCUGCUGCUGCUGAAGAGGAGGACGACGAAGAAGCAGCAGGAGAAGGCCUGGAAGAUUCCGACCCAGGCUCGGACCUAGCCUCGGACGCAGGCUCGGACAUAGGUUCGGAUGCCGAGCCUGGGGAGGGCAUAGAGGAGGCGGAGGAGGAGGGUCGGCGAGGAAAGGAGGAGGUUCGGGAGUACGAGCUGGAUGUGAAGAGGGCUUUAAUGGGGUUUGCGGACGUGCAUGCGGUUAAGAACUGUGUGUGGCUGCUGGAAACGGCCAGUAGCAACUCGCCACGUGUCAACCACUAUGUGCUGUCGCUGCUCAGGAGAUUCACUGUGGGGUGCUCUGCUGAGCCCAUGCUGUUUCAGGUAUCCACCCUCCAUACCUUUUACAAGCUUCUGACCAAUCCAGACCUCCAGGCCUCCCCUUUGCAUGCGCCCCUCCUCGCCUUCCUCUCCUCCUCAGUACGCCACCUCUCCGCCCUCCUCCCCCUCCGCCCCUCCCUCGUCCUCCGCCUCCUCUUAGACAAACCCCGGAAGGAAUGCAUGGCCAUUGCUGCUGACGUGGCGCUAGGGGAGCUUCGGGCCGGGGGCAAGGGCCGGGGCAAGUCACAAGCGUUUUCACAGGAGCAGGAGGCGAGAAUACGACAGCUAUUCGCAAGCCACAAGUCAAGGCGGAAUGCAGCAUCCCUGAUAGCAAGGGCGCUCAUAGCAGAAGGGCAUGCUUUCACUGGCAAAGGGGAGGCUGGGGAACCAGAGGCACCUGAGGAGGCUGGGGAAGCUCACGAGGGUUGUGACGGGGAGAACGAAAUUGCCCCUCAAAGGGACCCUUCUGCCGCAGAUGCAGACUCGAUAAAAGCAGACUCGAUAAAAGUGCUUGCCGCGAAGGUCAGCCGUUUCUUGCGGUCGCAGGGGCUUAAGGGGAGCAAGGAGGAUGCGGGCAGAAGGGGAGAUGGUGGUGAUAGUGGUGGUGGUGGUGAUGGUGAUGGUUGUGCUGAUAAGGGGGGUGAGAAGCAAGUGAAGAAAGGAAUGGCUAAGAAAACGCAUGUGAUAGGGGGGAAGAAGGGGAGGAGGAGGCAGCUGGUGUUUGACUCUGACUCUGAGGAGGGGAGUGGUGAUGGGGAGGUGAGUGAGGGAGGAAGUGAGGGAGGGAGUGAGGGAGAGAGUGAGGUGGAGGAAGAGAUUGGACUGGCGGAGAUGGAGGGAGGAGAGAGGAGGGAGGGGGUUGGGGAGGAGGAAGGAGGAAAGGAGGGAGGAAAGGAGGGAGAAGGCUUGGAAGGUGUGGGAGAAGCAAAGGGGCACAGAGGAGAAGAGAGUGCAGGAGGCGCCGGACUGAAGGCAAGGGGGGCUGGGAAUGCCAGAGGGAGCAAGACUGGACUAGCAAAGGAGACUGGACCAGCCAAGGGAAGACGUGGCAACGAUUCUUUCACAGAUGAAGAUGACUCCCUCAUCAAGACUCUCUACAGUGAAGCUUCAAGACUUAAGGGGGUUCACGGCAGGGGCAGGAGUAAGGGCAUGAGAGGGGCGGCUGCCAUUGCUAGAGAAAUUUCCAAGGCUAUGGAAGGGAAGUUUUCAGCUGCCCGGAUUUCCCAGCGCAUCCAGUUUCUGGGGCUGCCCGAAGAGGGAGCGGGUAGGAAGACAAGGAGUGCGAGGAGGAGGCGUGGGAGUGGUGGGCUUGAUGAUAUUCUGAGGGACAUGGACGGAAGUGAGGGAGGAGAGGAGGGAGGAGAGGGGGGCGAGGAGGGAGAGAAGGGAGAGGAGGAAAGAGAGGAGGAAGAGGAGGAGGGAGAGGAGGAGGGAGAGGAAAGAGAGGAGGGAGAGGAGGUAUUGGGGGAGGUUGAGAUAGAGAAGGAAGUGGAGAGCGAGGACGAGGAGAAUGUGCUACUGAGUAAGCGACAGAGAGCCCUGGCUGCUGCUGCUAAAGCGAGGAGAGGGUGCAGGACAGACAGACAGAGGGGCGGAGGAGUUACUAGAGGAGGAGAAGCACGGAGGGAGAGGGAGAUAGGGGGUUUAGAGGGGCCAGAGAGAGUGACGCGGGGCGGUGUGGCCGCUGGUUUUGAAGGGGAUGGCGAUGGUGGUGGUAUGGAGGCAGAAAGAGACGAUUUUGCAAUCAUUGCUGUGGACAGUAGUGGCCGGUGGACAGAUUCUGCAACCAUUAUGGAUGGCACGGGCAUUGGAGCAGGAGCCACAGGCGCUGCUAUGGGAAGAUCUUAUACAGAACGUGGUCUUAUAGAGAGCGGUGCUGCCAGACGUGAUUCUGGUGGAGAGGACGGGGUGGAGAUAAGAGAGGAGGCAGUGCGCGAGGGCGUUCAAGCAGUGCUUGCUGAUGACGCCUUUGAUGGUGCAGAAGCCAUCCGAUGGCUGCAAUCGCGCCUGAAAGCAGCCCACGCCAGCUGGACGGACGCGAUCGCUCGAAACAGCUGGCAGCUCCUGCUGAUGGACCGCCCAGAUUCGCUCGGCAGGAAGGGGAAGAAGACAAAGAAGGGAGGGAGGAAGGAGGGGAAGGAGGGGAAGAGGAAGAGAGGGGAGGAGGAGGAGGAGGGGGAGGAGGAGGGGGAUGGAGGGUGGGGGGAAGUUGUGCAUGUAGACUUUUCUUUGGUGGAGGAAUUGGAAGAUUGGGACACGGUGGCAAAUGACAGCAUGGCACUGCUGCUCUCAGCCCUAAGCUUGAAGCACCCGGACGAAGCAGAUGGGUGCUGGCGAAUCCCUGGCGACAGGGGCACGCAGUGGCUGCUGCACGCGGUGGGGAUGCUUGCGAAGAUGGUGGCGGGGGGGGAGGAGGUGUGUAACGAUGCUGUGGGGAUGCUUGAAAUGGCUGUGGGGGAUGCGAGAGAGGGAGGAGAGAUGGGUGGGGGAGGAGGGGGUGCAGGAGAGGAGGAAAGGGGAGAUGAGGGUAGGCACGAGGAGGGAAGGCAGGGGAAGAAGGCAAAAAUAGGGGAGACGAAGGUGUGCGAGCUGACUGUCUGUGACGAUUCUACGGCUGUGGAUGGAGGCGAGGGAGUUAUGAGGGGGUGCCUUGGCCCAAAGCACAAGCGGCGGAAAGAGACAGGCGCGGUACAAGCAGGGCAGAAUGGACACGGGUGGAUGAGUGAGAAGGAAGGGAGUGUGUGUGGAGGGAGUGUGGAGACAGAGGUCGGGAUGGAGGGUGAGGAGGAGGGGUGUGAGGGAGAGGGUAUUCAACUGAUUGCCAAAGUGAGAGAAAGGGGAGAGCGUGCUUUGGAGUCGACUCAAGAGGAGAGGGAGGGGAGGGAGGGGAGUGGUGCUGCAUGUGGUGCUGGUGGUGCGGCGGCAGCAGGGGAGGAAGGCAGGGCGAGGGUUGAUUGGGAGGGAAAGAGGGAGCAUGGUAGCAGAAAAAACAAUGGGCAAGGGGAAGGAUUUGAGCAGGAUGGGGUCAGUUGGAGGCAUGAAGGGAGUGUGGAGCAUGCGAGCUUCCCCUUGCCGCUGCCCUUGAUGCCGGGCGUGCUUGGUGCCCGAUCCAAACGAUCUGCUUUGGUGGCCGACGGAGGCUCGGAACGAACCAAGCGGGUACGGUUUGGUGAUUCAGCUACGGAGGAGAGUCAGGGGGGUACUAGUGAAGGUUAGUAACGCAGCUGUAAGGAAUCAAUACCUCCAUGGGAUGAAUUUCAAAAGAUAUAUGCAACUGGUGAUUUGGUGACUAAUUUAAGACAAACUACCUGUGCGGUAUACGAACAUUCACUGCAGCAGUGCAUCUGAACUGAACUGAAUAAAGCUGUAAUGUGUUG